ACCCGAUUUGAUACUUGUGAUUGGGUGCGGUAGUGUUGUAAUUCGGUCCAAGAAAGUGGUUGUUUAAAGGGAAAAAGUGCAAUUUUCGGCUAAAGGUGUGGUGUGGUAAUUCAGUAUGAGUUACCUACAGUCCAGCCAAAAUAGACCGAUCUCUCAGGGUCACUACCAGGGUCCAGACGACCUCCCCAUGCCCCCCGCCAAGGAGCAGACCCUAAUGUGGGCUCAAAAUUCGUAUUUGACCGACUCCGGUAUCCACUCCGGUGCCGCCACCCAGGUCCCUUCUCUCAGCGGUAAAGAAGAAGAAAUGGACCUCUUCGACUUGGACCAGGGUUACUCCCAAGGCUUCACCCAAGACCAAGUCGACGAAAUGAACAACCAACUCAACCAGACUCGCUCCCAGCGAGUUCGAGCUGCAAUGUUCCCCGAAACUCUCGACGAAGGUAUCGAAAUUCCUUCGACCCAAUUCGAUCCCAGUCAGCAGACGGCUGUUCAACGACUCUCCGAACCCAGCCAGAUGCUCAAGCACGCUGUGGUCAAUCUGAUUAAUUAUCAAGACGACGCCGACUUGGCCACGCGAGCCAUCCCCGAGUUGAUCAAACUUUUGAACGACGAAGACCAAGUCGUGGUGUCCCAAGCGGCGAUGAUGGUGCACCAAUUAUCGAAAAAGGAAGCCUCGAGGCACGCCAUCAUGAACAGCCCCCAGAUGGUGGCGGCUUUAGUUCGGGCGAUUUCAAACUCGAACGACUUGGAAACGACCAAAGGGGCCGUCGGCACCUUGCACAAGUUGUCGCACCACAGGCAAGGGUUGCUGGCGAUUUUUAAAAGUGGGGGGAUCCCGGCGCUGGUGAAGCUGUUGAGUUCGCCGGUGGAGAGCGUGCUCUUCUACGCGAUCACCACUUUGCAUAACUUGCUGCUGCAUCAAGAUGGGUCCAAGAUGGCUGUGCGGCUCGCGGGGGGUUUACAGAAGAUGGUCGCGCUGCUGCAGAGGAACAACGUCAAAUUUUUGGCGAUCGUUACCGAUUGUUUGCAGAUUCUCGCGUAUGGGAAUCAAGAGAGUAAGUUGAUUAUUUUGGCUUCGCAAGGUCCGAUCGAGCUCGUAAGGAUCAUGAGGUCCUACGACUACGAGAAGCUUCUGUGGACGACUUCUCGUGUGUUGAAGGUAUUGUCGGUCUGUCCAAGCAACAAACCGGCCAUAGUUGAAGCCGGAGGCAUGCAGGCUUUGGCCAUGCACCUAGGCAACCCUAGCGGUCGCCUCGUCCAGAACUGCCUCUGGACUCUCCGCAAUCUGUCCGACGCUGCCACCAAAGUAGACGGCUUGGAAGGCUUACUCAGCUCUCUAGUCCAAGUUCUCAAUUCGCAAGAUGUCCACGUCGUCACGUGUGCUUCAGGCAUCCUCAGCAACCUCACUUGCAACAAUCAGCGCAACAAAGUCACCGUGUGUCAAGUAGGAGGCGUCGAUGCUCUCGUGCGCACCAUCGUCAGUGCCGGAGACCGCGAAGAAAUCACCGAACCGGCAGUUUGCGCUUUGCGCCAUCUCACAUCACGACACGUCGAGUCCGAGAUGGCCCAGAACGCGGUCCGACUGAACUACGGCAUCCAGGUCAUCGUCAAACUGUUGAACCCUCCGUCGCGUUGGCCCCUAGUCAAGGCCGUCAUUGGCCUCAUUAGAAACCUGGCGCUGUGUCCGGCCAAUCACGCUCCGUUGAGGGAACACGGGGCCAUACACCACCUGGUGCAACUGCUGAUGCGGGCGUUCCAGGACACCCAGAGGAGGGCGAGCGUGGCCAGCGGCGGCAGCCAGCAAACGGCGAACUACGCCGACGGCGUCCGAAUGGAGGAAAUCGUCGAGGGGACGGUGGGGGCGCUCCAUAUAUUGGCACGAGAGUCGCACAAUCGGGCCAUUAUUCGCCAACAAAUGGUGAUACCCAUAUUUGUGCAACUCUUGUUCAAUGACAUAGAGAACAUCCAGCGCGUGGCUGCUGGAGUCCUCUGCGAAUUAGCAGCUGAUAAAGAAGGAGCGGAGAUGAUCGAACAGGAAGGCGCUACGUCGCCGUUGACUGAAUUGCUUCAUUCGCGAAAUGAAGGCGUGGCGACGUAUGCGGCUGCAGUUUUAUUCCGAAUGAGCGAGGACAAACCUCAAGACUACAAGAAGAGGUUGAGCAUGGAGUUGACGAAUUCCCUGUUCCGUGAAGAAAAUCUGUGGAAUCCCGACUUGGGGAUGGAACCCGAUUUACAGGACAUUUUGAGUCCUGACCAGGCGUACGAUCCCAUGUACGUACAAGGGCCACCCAGCGUCCAUAGCAAUCACGGUGGGCGGACGUACCAGCAACAAGGGUAUGACCAGAUACCAAUAGAUAUCCAGGGACUGGAGAUCGGUUCCCACGGAGGCGGUAAUGGAUCGACGUACAGCCCGAUAGACGCAAUGGAAAUUGCGAACACCGAACCCGAUUUAUUUGAUCCCGUUGAUCAAUUACCUGCACCUCCCCAAGACAACAACCAAGUCGCAGCUUGGUACGAUACCGACUUAUAAAAGUAUGGUAAUUAACUUCCUUGGUGUUGUUUUGUUUUAUUAAGAUUAGACUUAUCGUUUUGUUUUUGAUAAGAAUCCUAACGCGACGCUUAGGAUUUUUUUAUCAUGUAAGGUAUUAUAGCGUACGAUUACAUAAUAGCGAGUAAAAUAACUGUACGUGUACAAGUUUUCAUUUACAUAUUAUAUUGAGCAAUUUAAAUUAUUUACAUUAAAAAUCAUUUUUUAUGCUGUAUGAUUAUAAGAGCUAAAACACAAUGACUGAUGUGUUUGAUAGUUGUUUCAAAAAAAAUCUAAAUGUGAAUGUACAAAAUGUCAUUGUAUCCUAACUUUUUUUAAUAAAAAUGUUUAAUUAAUAUUCUGUUUUUGUUUUUACUCAGGUUUUUGUUUAGGUGCGGAUGUAUUCUCUUGUUGGCGAUGUGUUCUGUAUUUGCACCAACAUUGUGUUUUAAUUCUUAGUAUAUUUAAAAUUUCCUAAACAGGGUAGAACUUUGAGGCACUGCCUUUGAAAUGUAUGCAUGUCUUUGUAGGAAGGAAUAAACUUUCUCAUUGUA